GGUAAAAGGCCGGCACGACAGAGUGCAGUUUGCCAUUAGCCGGCACGGCAAAGUGCAGUUGGCCAGUUCGGUGAGCGAGUUGGGGCACGAAUUGAGACCUUUGUCGGUGCCCCCGACCCGGCAACGAACGCACAUGACGGCCGCCGCGACCGGCGUCCAGCUCGUUCGCGAUGGCGGGGCGUGCGACAGCAACGGCGUGUGUUGGUCGACAUGCUGCUCGCUGCGACAGAACGUGUGCAUCUCGAACGAGUCGUCGUCGUUCGUGGCCGACAACGCCACGGUGGCAUGUCUCGUGGACCCGCCGACGGCAACCAACCCGUCCUAUGCGCCCGACGUCUCUCAAAACGAGACGUUUUACAUCAGUGUUGGCGUCGGCGCCGCCGUGUCGAUCGCGGUCCUUGUCGUGUUUCUGUGGCGCGCGACCAGGGCCGCCGCCACGGACAAACAUGUCGACAUGUCGUCGACCGAUGUGGCCACGAUCCACGGAAGCGACCGCCCGCCCGUGCGGUUGCAGCGACACGGCGCCACGGCCUUGACGUUUUCGGACGCCGACAAACAAAUCCUGGACCCGUACCGCCUCGACAGCUCCAAGCUCGAGCUCAAAGUGUUGCUGGCCACGGGUGGAUACGGGACCGUCUGGCGCGGGCAGUACGACGGCGCUGUCGUUGCCGUGAAAGUUUUGUUUGACGGCCGCAAGUCCGCGGCAGGUGUGUCGAAAUUCAUCGCGGAAGUCGCGCUCCUGGCCACGCUCGUGAAUCCGUACGUUGUGUCGUUUGUCGGGGCGAGCUGGACAACCGUCGAGUCGCUGGCCCUUGUUGUCGAGUACAUGGAUUUGGGCGACCUGUACGACUACCUGCGCACGCACAGCGCGGUCGAGUUUUCGUGGACCGCCAAGCGGCGAUGCGCCGCCGACAUUGUUCGUGGCCUUGUCUACUUGCACGACCGCAACAUCAUCCAUCGCGACGUCAAGUCGAGGAACGUUCUGUUGGACACGGUCAAGCCGUCCAAGUUGUCCGACUUUGGUGUGUCGCGGGAAAUCUCGUCCAAGACCAUGUCACAAGAGGUCGGGACGUAUCUGUGGACCGCGCCCGAGAUUCUGCGGGGCGACCGGUACACCGUGUCGGCCGAUAUCUACAGCUUGGGAGUAUUGCUGGGCGAGCUCGAUUCGCACCAGCCUCCGUUUUACAACGUGACGAUAGAGGACGGCGGGCCGAUGCUGGGCGUGUCGAUCAUGAUGCGAGUGAUGCAAAACCAGCUCCACGUCGACGUGUCGCCGCAGUGUCCCCCUCGGAUUGCGUCCCUGAUUGACCUGUGCACGGGCCAUGGCCCGGCCCAACGGCCGACGGCGGCGCAAGUCCUGGGCGCGUUGGAAGCGUGGGUCGUGGACACCGUCAGGGGCAACGACCUGGAUCUGUGCCGCACAUAGCACACAUUGUGCCUGUUAACUUAACCGUAUUCAAUUAUUCCA